CCUGCAUAACCAGACCUUCCGUGAGAAAUCUGGAACUUCCAUUAAUUCUGGGUGGCGUCGCAAAAGCAAUCGGAUAAGCUUUCCUGGCACCUCAAUCUCAAUCCCAGCAGCAACCGCUGCAGCUACAAAUCAGCACGAACUAUAUGUUUAUGUCCCACACCCGCCGGUGGCUCUCACAUCCACUCAUCAUACAACAACUUGAACUAUACCAAGUCAACUUAAUCUAAUCAACUCCAACUCGGAAUUUGAAUCAAGCAAGAUGGACUCCAUUCCAUCCUCCUCCUCAUCCCCAUGCCCCUUCUGCACCAUCGCCCACACAUACCCGCCUCUCCCCCCGACAACGUUCCUCCGCCAACACCACCAAGACCCAAAUCCCAAGAAUGUCUCCAACCCAGCGAUGCUUACGGCCCACCUCAUCCUGUCGACCCCAUCCCUCCUCGCCUUCCUGGACAUCAUGCCUCUCACGAGGGGCCAUCUCCUCCUUGUCACGCGGGAGCACUAUGAGAAACUGGGCGAUGUCGGGGUAGGCGUUAGUCGCGAGAUCGGCCAAUGGCUCCCCAUCCUCUCGCGGGUAGUGAUGCGGACGCUUUUCGGGGCGGACGCAGCAGCAGCGGACUGGCAUUGGAAUGUGGUGCAGAAUAAUGGCGUCCGAGCAGGGCAGCAGGUUCCGCAUGUGCAUUUUCAUGUGAUUCCGCGACCGGAUUUGGGCAGUGCGUCGGGUGCUGGUGCUGCGCGGCCGAGUUUUGUGAUGUUUGGGCGCGGGCAGAGGGAGGAGUUGGAUGAGGAGGAGGGGGAGGCGUUGGCGCGCGGGCUGAGGGAGGAGUUGGCGAGGGAGAUUGUUAAGGUCAUGAAGGUGGAGGGGGUAGAUUUGGAGGUGGGGUUGGGGGUUGGGGGCAGGGGGAGGCUUUAG